AUGUCAGGUCGAGUAUGUCCCCAGCAUGGCGCAUCUCGUGAAAGACGAAUUGAUCCUGAUUACCGUGACAUUUACGUUCAAAUUUGCAAGCCGGGAGGUAACGGUGCCAUCCAUUGGAUGAUCGUUAUAAAGUGGCCAGGUGCUGAUCGUGGCACCCGGCUGCACAGCGUUGGCUCGAAGGGUAAUCGUCAGUUGUCCAUUGAAUCUGAUAAGAGGUUUGAUAGUGCAUCAGUCGAAACCACACACUAUCUUGGUCAGAUUUACGCAAGCGAGAGUCCUAUUGUCCGAUCGGAGGCUAAAAGGAUUCCACUGCAGAGCUGCCAACUCUGGGCUUGUUAUUUGAUUCUCAGACUUGAGCGUAAGGGACUGCUCCAAAAUGGUUUAUACGAUCAUUAUAUGAACUGCUAUAGUCAUAGACGUGAUGAAGAUUAUGGACCGGGACAUGAUAUUGAAUGUCGGGCUCAUUAUAGAUAUUAG